AUGGCGCCGCGACUCACGCAGGCUCAAAAGGAUGUACUUUCUCUCUACCGAAGAGGCCUGCGCCUGAUUCGCACGAAGCCCGUGCAAAAUCGCAUCAACUUCUUGAUCUACCUGCGUCACGCAUUCCAACAUCCAUCUCAAGGCGGCGGUAUUCGUCAACGCGACUUUAGCGCCAUUGACUAUAUGACACGGCGCGGGAAUCGCAUGAUGGAGCAAAUCUUCGAAGAGAAGGGGGUGAAGGAUAUCCAUGUGUCGAAAGAUGUGGUCGAAUGGUACCAGCAAAAGCAACACGCUGCUAGCUAG